AGAGACAAAAAGAGAAGCAGAGACACAGGCAGAGGGAGAAGCAGGCUCCACGCAGGGAGCCCGGUGUGGACUCGAUCCCGGAUCCUGGGAUCACGCCCCGAGCCACCCGGGGGCGUCCCGAGUCGUAGUAGGUUUGAAACAAUCCUUACCUUACAGCCGAGGGAAGGGAGCCUCGGAGUAGCCGGAGUUUCUGAUGCAGGUGCCUGACCUUAGGUUUGAGGGGCCGGAGCCAAGCGGCGUAGCCCUCGCCAGCACCUCUGCACCUGCCCAGGUGAGGCGUGCUCAGCGCGCAUGCGUGCAGGCGCAACUUAAAGCGCCCGCCGCCGGCCGUUCGCUCCAGCAGGAAGAGGGGCGCUGGGCUGGUCCACCGCCGCCCCCCAACGCCAGCGUGGAGGAUGCCGGUGAGAUGCGGCGGCCGGGGUCCCGCCUCCCGGCCCUCUCCGGCGCUGACCCCCGCCCCUCUCCCUUGCAGAGCCCCGCCGCCUCCCCCGACCGCAUCCCCGACGGCCCGCGGGGGUCUCCCGGACGCCGGGAGGGGCCCCGCCGGCCGUGCGCGCCGCCGGGGCUGGCGGAGGCGCUGAGCGCGCUGGGGCUGGAGGGGGAGCGCGAGUACGCCGGGGACAUCUUCACCGAGGUCAUGGUGUGCCGCGCGCUGCCCCGGAGGGCCCUGCCCCCGACCGUGACCCCGGAGAUGCGCGCGCUAGUGGUGGACUGGCUGAUCCAGGUGCACGAGUACCUGGGCCUGGCGGGGGACACGCUCUACCUGGCGGUGCACCUGCUCGAUUCCUACCUGCGCGCGGGGGGCCGAGUGCGCCUCCACCGCCUGCAGCUGCUGGGCGUGGCCUGCCUGUUCGUGGCCUGCAAAGUGGAAGAGUGCGUGCUGCCCGAGUCCGCUUCCCUCUGCUUCCUGGGCGCCGGCUCCUUCUCGCGGGCCGAGCUCCUGCGCGCCGAGCGCCGCAUCCUGAGCCGCCUGGAGUUCCGGCUGCACCACCCGGGCCCGCUGCUCUGCCUCGGGCUCCUCGCCGCGCUGGCCGGGAGCCGCCCCCAGGUGACGCUGCUCGCCGCCUACUUUCUGGAGCUGUCGCUGCUGGAGGCGGAGGCCGCAGGAUGGGAGCCGGGUCGGCGCGCGGCCGCGGCGCUGAGCCUGGCGCACCGCUUGCUCGACGGGGCGGGCUCCGGCCUCGAGCCCUCGCUUUACAGCCCGGCAGAGCUGCGCCCGCUCCAGCCGUGCAUGGCCCGCGCCGCGCUCCGAGGCCCCGCGCCCGGCCGCGCCGCCGUCUUCCUCAAGUACGCGCGGCCCCAGCGCCAGGGCACGAGCCUCGCCGCCGCCCGCCUGCUCCGCCGCCCGCAGCCCGCGCCUCGCUGAGCCCGGAGGCCGCAUCAAAAGACUGUUCGUGUGUGUCCGUCUCCCACUUCAAUAAAAGAGUUUUUUUUAAUCCGGA